CCCGCGGAUUCUUCGAUAUGGCGGACAGGAGGCGGCGGAGACGUGCUUCCCAGGACAGCGAGGAGGAGGAAGAGGAGUCUGGGAGUGAAAGCACCGGCUCCGUGGGUCAGCAAGGGCCAGCUGUCAGAACCGAGACUCGGGAGCCGGGACCUAAAAGAGGGGAAACCGAGAGAGAGAGCAAGGAGUCUGAGUGUGAAAGCGAGGAUGGCAUUGAAGGGGAUGCUGUUUUGUCGGACUAUGAGAGCGCCGAGGAGUCGGAGGAGGAGGCUCAUUACAGUGAAGAGGAGCCUCUAAAGACUACAUUGAAGCAAGAAAAUAACACUACAGAGAGUCCGGCUCCGAAAGACGAGAAACCUAAAGCGAAGGAAGCAGUCACCGGGGAACGCCAGAGCGGAGAUGGACAGGAGAGCACAGAGCCAGAUGAGAACAAAACCCCCACAAAUUCUCAGAAGAAGCUGGAUGAUGAUGAGGACCGGAAGAAUCCAGCCUACAUCCCUCGGAAGGGGCUUUUCUUUGAACAUGACCUCCGUGGGCAAACUCACGAUGAAGAAGUCAGACCAAAGGGUCGGCACCCUCGAAAACUGUGGAAAGAUGAGGGGAGAUGGGAGCAUGACCGAUUCCACGAGGAUGAGCAAGCCCCCAAGUCCCGAGAAGAACUCAUUGCUUUGUACGGUUACGACAUUAGAUCCUGCAGAAACCCGGAGGACAUCCGGCCCCGGCGGCCACGAAAGCCAAGGUUUAACAGCCCCCCCAGGAGAGAGGAGCCAGAAGAAAAAGCCAACAGACACUCAAACCGCUACCAGGACCCUAAUUCUAACCCUUCACCGCGGUCUUACAACAGCCGAGGAGCUCCUAUUUCUGGCAAAGCUCCCAACCCAAGAACCUACUCCAGACCAGGCGGGUACAAGGAGAGUCGUGCGGGCAAUCAGGCCGAAGAGGAUGCCGCUCCUCCGUCCUCCUCGGAACGCAGACAGGACUAUGGCGGUUACAGAGGUAGAAGUAUAGAGCAUGUCCCAUCGCAGCCGAGGGAGGCGUCUCCGGAAGCGCCGUCGCUUAAUAAAUCUGAGCCGGCGGUAGAGAAAGAAGUAGCGGAACCAUCGCCGCCGCCUCCAGACCGACCCGUGGAGAAAAAGUCCUAUUCCAGGGCCAGAAGAAGUCGAAUUAAAGGAGGGGAAUCGGCAAAGAGUAUUGACGAAGCAACUCCUCCAGAACUGCCCCCUCCUCCCCCGGCGCCACCUGUAAUGGCUCCAGAUCUCUCGCUCACGCAGCCUGCUUUGAAACCUGGCGGCUGGGAACAGCCUGUAGAUGGAGGAGUGACUGGACUGGAGCAGGAUAUGUCGCAGGUCAAUCUUUCAGACCAGAACUGGAGCCAGGGGCAGCCUCCUUAUAUCUCAUCCCGGGGUGUCCCCAAUCACAUUCACAUGGGAGGAGGCCCGCCACAGUACAGUCGCAUGGAAGGCAUGGCGGUGCAGAGCGGACGUGUUAAAAGAUAUUCUUCUCAGCGUCAAAGGCCUGUUCAAGAUCCAGCGGCCAUUCACAUUGGCCUCAUGGAAGGACAUUACUAUGACCCAAUUCAGUACCAGGGACCAAUAUACGCUCACGGUGACAGUCCAUCGUCCAUGCCUCCGCAGGGUAUGAUCGUGCAGCCGGAAAUGCACCUGCCUCACCCAGGCAUGCAUCCACACCAGACGCCGGCUCCCAUGACCACCCCUAACCUUUACCCAUCUCCUGUUUCCCUGCCGCCUAAUCAGCCUCCUCCCCAGCAGCUUCUGCCUCCGCCAUACUUCACUGCUCCUCCUGGCGUGAUGAAUUUUGGCAAUCCGGGCUACCCUUACCCCCCUGGUGCUCUGCCCCCUCCGCCACCAGCUCAUCUAUACCCCAAUGCACAGGCGCAGUCCCAGGUGUAUGGAGGAGUGACGUAUUAUAACCCCGUUCAGCAGCAAGUUCAGCCGAAGCCUUCGCCUCCCCGGCGCACCUCGCAACCGGUCACUAUAAAGCCACCUCCGCCAGAGGUAAGGAGAGAGGAGUACAAUUCCUAGACAGCGGUGAAUACGAUUAUCAAGGAGAACAGACACGUGAAAGAGAAAGUCAUCUCCUAGAUCACAGACUUUCCAGUCACCGGACUGAAAAAAUAAAUAUUCUCUUCACUCCCCAUCCUUCGUGACCCCCUUCCUCUCCGU